AGUGAGGACUGCAGAGAUACCAGCCUUACACUCAGCUGUGCUUUCCUUCCAGAUUCUACCAGUCCCUGUAUGUGGUUCACCUCUUCAUUCUUGAAUGUUGUACUACUAUUUCCAGGAGUCUGUGGGAAAAAUAGCCCCUGAUUACGAAGUUUCUGGGGAACCAUCUCAGCCCAUAGGAGAGACCCUAAGGCCAGUGUGGGCGCUAAUGGAUAAGUGCUACCCUGUGACCACUCAGAAACCCAAAGCCAAGAGAGGGAAGAAGCAAGCCUCCAAGGCCGGGACCACCAGGGCACCAGGACUGAGUGGUGCUGUCCCAAAGGAGGAAAGUGACAUCCUGUCUCAGGAGGAAAGGCAGGAAAACAACAACAUCCAAAAGGAGGCUGUGUAUCCAUCUGAGCCACCUGAGGUGGAUAGCCAUGAAGAAAGGACUAGGACCAGCGUCCCCGCUUCCUGAGGAAACUGGGCUGACUCUCAGC